ACAUACAUUUUUUCGUUCUAUCUCCGGAAUAAAAGAAUUUAGAAAUAAGCAAAUAAUGAAGAUUUAGUUAUUAUCUAUAGCAUUCAUUUUGGAUAUUGGUGCUCGUAUGUGACAAAUAGUGUUUAUCGUUCUGGGCAACAUAGUAAUUAUUUCCGACUUCGGAGUUCUUUUGUAAGAUUUCAACAGUAAUAAUUUGUUGAAUUCUUAAAAUAGAUAGAACUUGUAGUGGAUUAUUAAUUUGCAGUGAGAAUACAAAAUCGCAAUGGCCCAACAGAAUCCUAUAGUGCAGUCAGGAACGACAUCUUCUGAUGCUAGUACAGGUCUUGGUAACUUGCAAUCAGUAGGUCCUAGUAAUUCAACACCCUCUGUCACAACUACUUUACAAAGUGGUAGUACCGUUCAGGUACCUCAACCACAAGUGCAAAUGCAACAAUCCCAAUAUGUACCACAAACAACAAAAGGUCAACCGGUACAAUCAUCUAGUGCAAGCUCAUCUACAGACUUUCCACAGUUCCUCACAAAAACCCGUCUUCAAGACUUAGUAAGAGAAGUUGAUCCGACGGAACAAUUAGAUGAGGAAGUUGAAGAGAUGCUUCUACAAUUGGCUGAUGACUUCGUUGAAACAACUGUCAAUGCUGCCUGCCUUUUAGCCAAACAUCGGCAUGCUAAUACCGUGGAGGUGAAAGAUGUGCAGCUACAUUUAGAAAGAAAUUGGAGUAUGUGGAUUCCUGGUUUUGGAACUGAUGAAGUUCGUCCUUACAAACGUGCCACGGUUACUGAAGCUCACAAGCAACGAUUGGCGCUCAUUCGUAAAUCUAUUAAAAAAUACUGAGCGACUAUUCAAACUUAUAAUCUCAUACUAAAUAUCAUACGAAAAUUUCCCAUCGAUGGAAUGUAACAUUACGGAGCCCAAAUUCAUGCUGAUGGAUGAGAGUUCACAAUAUCAAGGCAAUUGUUCACUUUAUCAGAUGUUAGUUAAAAUAGAUAGCAUUUGGUUUUAGUUCAGUGGCAAUGAUGCAAAAAUAGUAUUUACUGAUCAUGUUGAUCACUGUUUUUCGACUGGUUUUGGAGGGUAAAGAGUAAUUUAAUGAGACCUGCGAUCAAGCCUUAGAUGGCUUGAAACUUCUGAAUAAAUAAAAACUUUUGUUGGAAAGUGUGUUAAUGGAAUGUUACCGAUUUUUUAUUCUCUUUUUUAUUGCUAUGAUUUCAGGUUCAUAUUGUGAAUGUUCUUCGAAAAUAAGUUUGUCACAGACAUUUACAAUCGGUCCAACUGGAAAUCCACAUAUUGCUGCAUAUUGUUAGCAAAAUUUUCUGUUUAAAAAUACACUUUAGUUACAUAGAAACGAUUUGCUGGGGUAAAAGUGAAAAACUUAUUGAUUUGUGAAAUGUCACGUAUAAGAAUCUUGUCUCUGCUAUCCUAGACUAAUUUUUGUAUCUCUCUGUAAGCAACAACAUGUAAUGAAUAAAAAGAAAACAGUCACACCUCAA